UGUUAAUAUGACGUUCAGGAUGCUUCAUUGACAAAGACUGACACAGUUCAAGAAAAUCAAUACUAAUCUGCCUAUAAUAAACAACACGUGAGACCAUGCCCUUACAGUGUAAGCAGUGCCAUGGCAUUAUACCAAUGACGAGAAUGCGGUAAUUGGUACAAACCGUUCUUUGUCUGGCAUCACUGAUUUGCUGCGUAGUCCAUUGUCGUAUGUUAACUGAAUCGUGGAUGAUUCAAAGGCUCGGCAAUGCUUACAUGAGUGAGUGACUAUAGUUGCCGGCACGUUGUUGGGACCAUCUGGACAAUGGAGUGUCGCGACCGGAUAGGGCUCUUUCCUGAAGAGGUCUUCAAGUUAUGGACAUGUUCCAUGUGCUACAGCUACCUUUUCCCUGACGCAGUGCCACUGACACCAAACGGUUCCAAAAACUUCCCAAAGUUAGAUACAUGGAACGGAAGCGCCUCAUACACCCCCAACAUCGAGAACAGUACAUCUAAAGAUUUGAUAUGUGCCACGCUGUCAAAUGACGAUUGCCGACGAUGGUCAUCAUGUUGCAUCGCUGCUCUUAUGUGCUGUCAGAGACAAAUUUCAAUAACCUUUUAUGACCCUCCUGGUCACUAUUGUCCACCGACAUGGGAUGGAUUUAGUUGCUUCGAGGCAACUCGGGCUGGCACAAAGGCAAUCAUUUCGUGUCCUUCCUACAUCGACCAAGCUGUUCCAACUGCCAUUGCAUCAAAGCAUUGCACGCUGAAUGGCACCUGGUGGCGAGAGAACGUAACCAACCAGGAGUGGACCGACUACACCACGUGUGUGCAUUUACAGGGAUUCAAGACUUUGUACUAUGUAGGGGUAUCCUGCAAUAUCCUGAGUCUUGCCCUUCUACUGCCGGCGUGUGUGGUGUUUGUGCUGUAUAGGGCCCAAGAAUGA